CCUGCCCACCUAGUUCAAGACUUCCCCAAUCCCGCGGGGUGGCAAUUGGUUGCACAGAAUUUUUUUUUUUUUUCCCUUUUUCUCCUCCCCCUCUCCUUUUCACUUCCACAUUUCCCGAAUGCCGGAGUCCGUGCUGGUGGCGUAGGCAGCGCAGCCUCCGGGAGCUGGGCUAUCAGUUUACACCCGGCCCUCGGUAAAUAAUCCGUCUGAGAGCCACCCGGUGGCUCGCCCUCUACGCGCCCCGCUCCCGGACUCCUCUCCUUUGCAGCCUGAGCCUGCGCACCAGCCUUCGGAAUCUUGGUUUGCAACGUGCUGCCUGCCAAUGAACAGCCAUGCUCCGGGUGAUUGUAGAAUCGGCCACUAAUGUCCCCAAAACGAAAUUUGGGAAACCGGAUCCCAUUGUUUCUGUUAUUUUUAAGGAUGAGAAAAAGAAAACCAAGAAAGUUGAUAAUGAGCUCAACCCUGUCUGGAAUGAGAUUUUGGAGUUUGACUUGAGGGGUGUGCCGCUGGACAUUUCAUCUUCCCUGGGGAUUAUCGUGAAAGAUUUUGAGACAAUUGGACAAAAUAAGUUAAUUGGCACAGCAACGGUAUCCCUGAAGGACUUGAUUGGCGACCAGAGCAGAUCGCUGCCCUACAAACUCACCCCCUUGCUAAAUGAAAGGGGGCACGAGACGGGGGCCACCAUUGACUUAGUGAUCGGCUAUGAUCCACCUUCAGCGCCACAUCCCAAUGACCCAAGCGGGACCAGCUUGCCAGGCGUGGGAGGAGAGGAGGAAGAAGAUGAAGGGGGCGAGGACAGGUUGGAUGGCACCAUCAGAGGGCCUGGGCCUAGGAUGCCCACCGGGGUAGGAUCAGAAGCUCAUCUUGCUCAGAGACUCACCAAAGGAAGGAAUAGCCGGCGGAUGCUGUCUAACAAGCCACAGGACUUCCAGAUCCGAGUCAGAGUGAUUGAGGGCCGGCAGUUAAGUGGCAACAACAUCAAGCCUGUAGUCAAAGUCCACGUCUGUGGCCAGACACACCGAACAAGAAUCAAGAGAGGGAACAACCCAUUUUUUGAUGAGUUAUUUUUCUACAACAUCCACAUGCUGCCUUCUGAAUUGAUGGAUGAAAUCAUCAGCGUCCGGGUUUAUAAUUCCCAUUCCUUGCGGGCAGAUUGUCUGAUGGGGGAAUUUAAGAUUGAUAUUGGAUUCGUUUAUGAUGAACCUGGUCAUGCAGUCAUGAGAAAAUGGUUGCUUCUCAAUGAUCCAGAAGAUACCAGCUCAGGUGCUAAAGGUUACAUGAAAGUCAGCAUGUUCGUCCUGGGAACCGGAGAUGAACCUCCCCCGGAGAAACGGGAUCGUGAUACCGACAGUGACGACGUGGAGAGUAAUUUGUUACUCCCUGCCGGCAUCGCCCUCCGGUGGGUGACCUUCUUACUGAAAAUCUACCGAGCUGAGGACAUUCCCCAGAUGGACGACGCCUUCUCACAGACAGUAAAGGAGAUCUUCGGAGGCAAUGCUGAUAAGAAAAAUCUAGUGGAUCCCUUUGUUGAAGUUUCUUUUGCUGGGAAAAAGGUCUGCACAAAUAUCAUUGAGAAAAAUGCAAAUCCAGAAUGGAAUCAAGUUGUUAAUCUUCAGAUCAAGUUUCCUUCAGUGUGUGAAAAAAUAAAACUAACUAUAUAUGACUGGGACCGUCUGACCAAAAACGAUGUCAUUGGAACCACGUACUUGCACCUCUCUAAAAUUGCUGCCUCUGGUGGGGAAGUAGAAGAUUUCUCAUCUUCGGGAACGGGGGCUGCAUCAUACACAGCAAAUACAGGUGAAACAGAGGUGGGGUUUGUUCCCACAUUCGGACCUUGUUAUCUGAACCUUUAUGGAAGCCCCAGAGAAUACACAGGAUUUCCAGACCCUUAUGAUGAACUAAAUACUGGAAAGGGGGAAGGAGUUGCCUACAGAGGCAGGAUCUUGGUUGAAUUAAGCACUUUUCUUGAAAAGACGCCGCCAGAUAAAAAGCUUGUACCCAUUUCAAAUGAUGACCUGCUGGUUGUGGAGAAAUAUCAACGAAGGCGGAAGUAUUGCCUCUCCGCCGUGUUCCAUUCUGCCACCAUGUUGCAAGAUGUUGGCGAGGCCAUUCAGUUUGAAGUCAGCAUCGGGAACUACGGCAACAAGUUUGACACGACUUGUAAGCCUUUGGCGUCAACGACUCAGUACAGCCGCGCCAUAUUUGAUGGGAACUACUACUACUACUUGUCGUGGGCCCACACGAAGCCAGUUGUCACCCUGACUUCCUACUGGGAGGAUAUUAGCCAUCGCCUGGAUGCAGUCAACAUGCUCCUGCUUAUGGUGGACCGGCUGCAAUCAAACAUCGAGGCUCUAAAAUCAGGACUGCAAAGUAAAAUUCCUGCGAACCAGCUGGCCGAGGUGUGGUGGAAGCUGAUAGAUGAAGUUAUAGAAGACACCAGAUACACUUUGCCUCUCGCAGAAGGAAAACCUAACAUCACAGUCCUCGAUACUCAGAUCCAGAAGCUGCGGUGCAGGUCUCUCUCCCAGAUACACGCGGCAGCCGUGAGGAUGAGGUCUGGAGACACAGACGUGAAAUCGGCCUUGAGUGAAGUGGAGGACUGGCUUCAUAAGUUAAUGCAACUGUCUGAAGAGCCCCAAAACAGCAUGCCUGACAUCAUCAUCUGGAUGAUCCGGGGAGAGAAAAGACUGGCCUACGCGCGCAUCCCGGCCCACCGGGUCCUCUAUUCCACCGGCGGUGAGAGCGCUUCUGGCAAACACUGUGGGAAAACCCAGACCAUCUUCCUGAAGUACCCACAGGAGAAAAGCAACGGGCCCCGGGUGCCCGUGGAGCUGCGCGUGAACAUCUGGCUGGGCUUAAGUACUGUGGAGAAGAAGUUUAAUAGCUUCGCGGAAGGAACGUUCACCGUCUUUGCUGAAAUGUAUGAAAAUCAAGCGCUCAUGUUUGGAAAAUGGGGCACUUCUGGACUGGUGGGUCGUCACAAGUUUUCUGAUGUCACAGGAAAAAUAAAGCUCAAGAGGGAAUUCUUCCUGCCUCCAAAAGGCUGGGAAUGGGAAGGAGACUGGAUAGUUGAUCCUGAAAGAAGCCUGCUGACCGAGGCGGACGCCGGUCACACGGAGUUCACCGAUGAAGUGUAUCAGAACGAGAGCCGCUACCCCGGGGGCGAGUGGAAGCUGGCGGAGGUCCCCUACACGGACACGAACGGUGAUAAAGCAGUGUCACCCAGCGAGUUGACUUGCCCUCCGGGUUGGGAAUGGGAAGACGAUGCAUGGACUUAUGACAUAAAUCGCGCGGUGGACGAGAAAGGUUGGGAGUAUGGAAUCACCAUCCCUCCUGAUAACAAGCCCAAAUCCUGGGUGGCAGCAGAGAAAAUGUACCACACUCACCGACGGCGAAGGCUGAUCCGAAAACGCAAGAAAGAUUUGACCCAAAAUGCUUCAAGUACUGCCAGGGCCAUGGAAGAACUGGAAGACCGGGAGGGCUGGGAAUAUGCUUCUUUAAUAGGCUGGAAAUUUCACUGGAAACAACGUAGUUCAGAUACCUUUCGCCGCAGACGUUGGAGGAGAAAAAUGGCUCCUUCCGAGACGCACGGGGCAGCUGCCAUCUUUAAACUUGAAGGUGCCCUUGGCACAGACACCACGGAGGAUGCAGAGGAGAAGAGCGGGGAGAAGCCCAAGCACAGCGCCACCACAGUGUUCGGUGCUAACACGCCCAUCAUCUCCUGUAACUUUGACCGAGUCUACCUUUACCACCUGCGCUGCUACGUCUACCAAGCCAGAAACCUCAUUGCUUUGGACAAGGACAGCUUUUCAGAUCCUUAUGCUCACGUCUCCUUCCUCCAUCGAAGCAAAACAACUGAGAUCAUCCACUCAACCUUGAAUCCCACGUGGGACCAGACGAUUAUCUUUGAUGAGAUUGAAAUCUACGGGGAGCCCCACACCGUCCUACAGAACCCACCCAAGGUGACCAUGGAACUGUUUGACAAUGACCAAGUGGGCAAAGAUGAAUUUUUAGGAAGGAGUAUUUUCUCUCCUCUGGUGAAAUUAAACUCAGAAAUGGACAUCACGCCCAAACUGCUCUGGCACCCCGUGAUGAAUGGGGACAAGGCCUGUGGGGACGUCCUUGUAACUGCAGAGUUGAUUCUGAGAGACAAGGAUGGCUCCAACCUUCCCAUUCUUCCCUCACAGAGGGCCCCGAAUCUGUACAUGGUCCCCCAGGGGAUCAGGCCUGUGGUUCAGCUCACCGCGAUUGAGAUUCUAGCUUGGGGCUUAAGAAACAUGAAGAACUUCCAGAUGGCUUCCAUCACGUCCCCCAGUCUGGUGGUGGAGUGUGGAGGAGAAAGGGUGGAAUCCGUGGUGAUCAAAAACCUGAAGAAGACGCCCAACUUUCCCAGUUCUGUCCUCUUCAUGAAAGUGUUCCUGCCCAAGGAGGAGUUGUACAUGCCACCCCUGGUGAUCAAGGUCAUCGACCACAGGCAGUUUGGGCGGAAGCCCGUCGUUGGCCAGUGUACCAUUGACCACCUGGACCGCUUUCGCUGUGACCCCUACGCAGCCAAGGAGGACAUUGUCCCGAGGCUAAAAGCCUCCCUUAUGUCCGCCCCACCUUGCCGGGAUGUCAUCAUUGAAGUGGAAGACACUAAGCCACUGCUGGCUUCUAAGUGCUUAAGCAGUAUGUCUACAGCACUCAGCAAAAUGGCCUCUCCAACAACAGUGCAUCUGACAGAAAAGGAGGAAGAAAUCGUUGACUGGUGGAGUAAAUUUUAUGCUUCCACAGGGGAACAUGAAAAAUGUGGACAAUAUAUUCAGAAAGGCUAUUCCAAACUCAAGAUCUACGAUUGUGAACUAGAGAAGGUCAUGGAAUUUGAGGGCCUGACCGACUUCUCAGAUACGUUCAAGCUGUACCGAGGCAAAUCCGACGAGAGCGAUGAUCCUUCUGUGGUUGGAGAGUUUAAGGGCUCCUUCCGUGUCUACCCGCUGCCGGAUGACCCCAGCGUGCCGGCCCCGCCCCGGCAGUUUCGGGAAUUACCUGACAGCGUCCCGCAGGAAUGCACAGUUAGGAUUUACAUUGUUCGAGGCUUAGCGCUCCAACCCCAGGACAACAAUGGCCUGUGCGACCCCUACAUAAAAAUAACACUGGGCAGAAAAGUCAUUGAGGAUCGGGACCACUACGUCCCCAACACUCUCAACCCAGUUUUCGGAAGAAUGUACGAACUGACCUGCUACUUACCGCAAGAAAAAGACCUGAAGAUUUCCGUCUAUGACUAUGAUACCUUCACCCGGGAUGAAAAAGUGGGAGAGACAACUAUUGAUCUGGAAAAUCGGUUCCUUUCCCGCUUCGGGUCCCACUGCGGUAUACCUGAGCAGUAUUGUAGUUCUGGAGUUAACACCUGGCGAGAUCAGUUGAAACCAACACAGUUACUUCAAAAUGUAGCCAGAUUCAAAGGCUUCCCCCCACCCGUCCUUUCUGAAGAUGGAAGUAGAAUCAGAUAUGGAGGACGAGAUUACAGCUUAGAUGAAUUUGAAGCCAACAAAAUUCUGCACCGGCACCUGGGGGCCCCCGAGGAGCGCCUUGCUCUCCACAUCCUCCGGACCCAGGGGCUGGUCCCGGAACACGUGGAAACAAGGACUCUACACAGCACCUUCCAGCCCAGUAUCUCGCAGGGAAGACUUCAGAUGUGGGUGGAUGUUUUCCCCAAGAGUCUGGGGCCGCCGGGGCCGCCUUUCAACAUCACACCCCGAAAAGCCAAGAAAUACUACCUGCGCGUGGUCAUCUGGAACACCAAGGACGUUGUCUUGGACGAGAAAAGCAUCACGGGAGAGGAAAUGAGUGACAUCUAUGUCAAAGGCUGGAUUCCUGGCAAUGAAGAAAACAAACAGAAAACAGAUGUCCACUACAGGUCCUUGGAUGGUGAAGGGAAUUUUAACUGGAGAUUCGUUUUCCCCUUUGACUACCUCCCAGCCGAACAACUCUGCCUUGUUGCGAAAAAAGAGCAUUUCUGGAGUAUCGACCAAACUGAAUUUCGGAUGCCACCCCGACUGAUCAUUCAGAUAUGGGACAAUGACAAGUUUUCUCUGGAUGACUACUUGGGUUUCCUGGAACUUGAUUUGCAUCGCACCAUCGUUCCAGCAAAAUCAUCAGAGAAAUGCCAUUUGGACAUGAUUCCGGAUCUCAGAGCCAUGGACCCCCUUAAAGCUAAGACAGCCUCGCUCUUUGAGCAGAAGUCCAUGCGAGGAUGGUGGCCAUGUUACGCAGAUAAAGAUGGCUCCCGAGUGAUGGCUGGGAAAGUGGAGAUGACGUUGGAAAUCCUCAACGACAAGGAGGCCGACGAGAGGCCAGCCGGGAAGGGACGAGAUGAACCCAACAUGAACCCCAAGCUAGACCCACCAAACCGACCAGAGACCUCCUUCCUUUGGUUCACCAACCCGUGUAAGACCAUGAAGUUCAUCGUGUGGCGGCGGUUUAAGUGGGUCAUCAUCGGCCUGCUGAUCCUGUUGAUCCUGCUGCUCUUCUUGGCUGUGCUCCUGUACUCCUUACCGAAUUAUCUGUCGAUGAAGAUUGUGAGACCAAAUGCGUAAGAACAGCAAAGGCGUCUCUUCGAGAGUCACCCAGCAGGGAAGGACGCCUGGGCUCAAAUCCAGUGUGAUGUUGUCUGCGUCUGAGACCGUGGACACGUGGCACACGACACUACUUCACCAGGGCCCGUCAGCUCUCACAGAGCCCAGUCCUGCCAAGCUGGGCUGACAAGCAACAUUUUCUUCUUAUUAUUGUUGCUUUGUUUUUGGCUUUUUUGGAAUAUUAAAAGCUCUAUAUUUUCUAAAGUUUCAACCAUAUUUUUCAGAACCUUUUCAAGGUGGCUGGUUCCACAUGUGAAACAUCUGUUUAUGUGCCAUUAGUACUAGAAUUCCAUCUUUUUUGAAACCACUGAUAUGGACUUGAAAUUCUCCGCACCUUAACUUCCUACUUUGCUUAUUUGUAGCCAACCCAAAGGACUGUGCAUUAUAAAAGCAGAAGACUGAGAACAAUUCCUAUUUAUGCCUACAACCGUCAUUAUAUUUUAUAAGGAUAAACUUCAUGAGUGGAGUGAACCCCAAUAAAAAAUGCUCCCACUCUGA